UUGUAGCUAGGUCGGGUCCUGGAGGGUUUAGUCUCGGUUCUACGAUGGGUUUCGCAGAUGAGUUUGGUCCCAGGGGAGUUUGGUCCCAGUUCCACGUGGCGUUUCGCACUCCAGCUCGUACCUAGUCUGAGCCUGUGGGGGGUUCGCUCAAGGUCCGGGACCAACGCGGGAUUUUACCCCCAGGAGGGUUCACUCCUGCCCCCAGUGCCACGCAGAGCUUUGUUCCCUGUCAGUGCUCAGGUCCCUCUCGGGGGGGGUCACCUCUGCUCUGGCUACCACGUGCGGUUUCACAGCUUGAUCCACAGACAGAUUUGGCACCCAGAGGGGUUUAGUCCUGGUCCAGGAUUAUGACAGGAAUUUGCACGCCGGUUUGUGCCUGAGUCUGGCCCCAGGGGACUGCACCUGCUCCUGGUUCUGGUCCCGUUGUUCAUCUCAGUGAGGCAUGGCAUGCGGAUCCCGCUCUGAGGAAUGUGUCCCUAUCCCUGUCCCCCUCACAUGAUGCCGACAAGCGGAUCAAGGUGGCAAAUCCGGUGGUGGAGAUGGACGGGGAUGAGAUGACACGAAUCAUCUGGGCCUUCAUUAAGGAGAAGCUCAUCCUGCCCAACGUGGAUGUCCAGCUAAAAUAUUUCGACCUGGGGCUGCCACAUCGGGACAAGACAGAUGACCAGGUCACCAUUGACUCAGCGCUGGCCACCCAGAAGUACAGUGUGGCUGUCAAGUGUGCCACCAUCACGCCUGAUGAAGCCAGGGUGGAAGAGUUCAAGCUGAAGAAGAUGUGGAAGAGCCCCAACGGCACCAUCCGAAACAUCCUGGGGGGCACGGUGUUCCGGGAGCCCAUCAUCUGCAAGAACAUUCCUCGUCUGGUGCCCGGCUGGACCAAGCCCAUCACCAUUGGCCGCCAUGCCCACGGUGACCAGUACAAAGCCACCGACUUCGUGGUGGACAAGUCCGGCACGUUCAAGCUGGUCUUCACGCCCAAGGACGGCAGCGGGGCCAAGGAGUGGGAGGUGUUCAACUUCCCCGGUGGCGGCGUGGGCAUGGGCAUGUACAACACAGACGAGUCCAUCUCUGGCUUUGCGCACAGCUGCUUCCAGUACGCCAUCCAGAAGAAGUGGCCGCUCUACCUGAGCACUAAGAACACCAUCCUCAAGGCCUAUGACGGCCGCUUCAAGGACAUCUUCCAGGAGAUCUUUGAUAAGCACUACAAGACGGAGUUUGACAAGCUGAAGAUCUGGUACGAGCACCGGCUCAUCGACGACAUGGUUGCCCAGAUGCUGAAAUCCUCCGGUGGCUUUGUCUGGGCCUGCAAGAACUACGACGGGGAUGUCCAGUCAGACAUCCUGGCCCAAGGGUUCGGCUCCCUGGGGUUGAUGACCUCUGUCCUGGUGUGUCCGGAUGGGAAGACCAUUGAGGCCGAGGCUGCCCAUGGCACCGUCACUCGCCACUACCGGGAGCACCAGAAGGGACGGCCCACCAGCACCAACCCCAUUGCCAGCAUCUUCGCCUGGACACGGGGCCUGGAGCACCGGGGCAAGCUGGACAGUAACCCUGACCUCAUCAAGUUUGCACAGACGCUGGAGAAGGUUUGUGUGGACACGGUGGAGAGCGGGACCAUGACCAAGGACCUUGCUGGCUGCAUCCAUGGCCUUGCCAAUGUGAAGCUGAACGAGCACUUUGUGAACACGACUGACUUCCUCGAUGCCAUCAAGAACAACCUGGACAAGGCUCUGGGCAAGAAAUAGGGGACAGCCUCUCCAUCUCUGGGAUGGAUGGGGCUGGGAGGGGCCCAGUGCCCCCCCUCAACUCACCAGCACAGCUCAGGAACAGUUGAAUAAUUUUUCCAAAGUUUUCUUAGGGGUGUUUUUAAAGCCUUUGUAGCAGGGGAGUGCAGGGGUGGGGGGCGUGUGGGGGUGUUUGUCGUGCCCUAAUUCAUGUACCCCAUAACCGUGUGGUGCCAUUAAACAUCUCCCCAGGCCUGGCACAUCACCUGGCACAGCUCUGCA